AAAUGCCAUAAAUGACUUCCACAGCGUGUUGACCAAAGAUCAACGCGGCAGAUUAUUUCGCCUCGGGGCCGUACGCGAUCCAGAGACGGCCAUGAUAUUCACGGCCCAACUGCAACAGGAACACCAACUCAGAAAAGGCCGUGGCGUCGCAGCCCGCCUGAUUUCCGUCUUACAGUCUGUCCAGGCAUUCUCGAGCAUCGUCGACACCUUAGUUUCCUCUAAACCAGACAUUGCAGCCUUAGUCUGGGGGAGCGUCAAGCUCGCGCUGCUCGUGAGGAUUCGUGCUGGUCCUUGAGCUUUUCUGGGCUGACCCAUUCCCACUAGACCGCGGUCAAUUACACAUCAUACUUCGAAGCCCUCUC